CUGAACUAAGUCAGUGUAAACAUUGACGAGGUCUCUUUCCGGCUUAACAAGCGUUCAGAGGUUGUACGGUUUUGCUGCAUUUGGAAGCAAUAUUACAUUUUUCUCUGAAGUAAAAUUUAACUACAUCCACCAUGCCUGGAGGUUUCUACUGGAGUCGCAACAUGAUGGGCCAAAAGUUGACAGAUGAGCAGAUGCGGGAAAUACCUCAUGCAAAUAUGGAACUUUUUGGCCAUGUCACCAUCAAAACAGUCCAGGCAGGUGCUUUUCUUGGCACUCUUCUCACAGGACCUCUCACACAGGCCUUCCGUGGUCCACGUACCCUGAACGCUAUCAUGGAGACUGCUGCUCGCCAUGGUAGAAAUGGAGCAAUAAUUGGACUCGUCCUGGGCCCUGCUAUGACUUUCAUGAAAUGCAACAGCAUGAAUUGGGACGAGGAAGGAAUAUAUGACAGAUGUUACCGCCUUCGUUACAACCGCAACCAAGUGCGUGUGGAUCGCGCAAGUGCCCUGGGUGCGACUGCAGGGUACCUUGUUGCAUUACAGAUGGGUGCAUCAGGGGCAACAGGGUUUGUGUUUGGGAUGACAGGGGGCGUGGUCUUAUCUGCAGUCUACAAUUCCAUGUUUUGUGAAAAACAUGUCUAACUUCUUUUUAAUGGAGAUCAUCCAGACUUUCGGCACUUUGUGACGAGACUUGAGAAUCCACAUGAGAAAGGGCUUACUUUUUAA